AUGGCCAACGUCGAGAAUGCACUCCCCAUCGAAGCCCGCCGAGACCUUCGAGAAUCUCUCCAAAACACCAAGGACGAAUUCCUCCUCAACAUUCCCAAAGUCGAACUCCACGUCCACAUCGAAGGCUGUCUCACUCCAGAACUAAAAUGGAAAAUCUCCCAGCGCAACAAAACACCACUCAUCCACCCACGCACGGGUGUGGUCUUCACAUCCCUAGCACAACUCCAAGAUUCCCACAACACCUUGAAACCUGCCGACGAAGGGCAAAUGACCAACACCGAAGAAACGCUCUCAUUCUUCGAAAUCUACUACAACGGCUUCAAGGUCUUAGAAACAAAACUCGACUACUACGACCUCGCAAUGCACUACUUCCAAAACGCCUCAUCCCAAAACAUCCGCUAUGCAGAAAUCUUCUUCGAUCCACAAGGUCACAUCCAAAAUGGAACAUCCUGGUCCACGAUGCUGGAAGGCUUUCGCGAAGCUUCCGACGAAGCCGAGAAAUCGUUGCAUGUGAAAAGUUCUUGGAUCAUGUGUUUCAUGCGCGACGAAAGUCCGGAAUCCGCAAUGGAAUUCUAUGAAGCUGCGCUGCCGGAUCGAGGAGAUAUGAUCAUCGGCGUAGGCUUGGAUUCGAAUGAAGACGGCAGGCCUCCGAAUUUCUUCCACGACGUAUUUUCGAGGGCGAGGAAAGAUGGGUUUCAAUUGACGUGUCAUUGUGAUGUUGGGAAGUCAUACCCGGUCGAGAAUAUUCGGCAAGUGGUUGAGGAUAUUCAGGCCGAUCGCAUCGAUCAUGGGUUGAAUAUUGUGGAAGAUCUGAAACUUUUGGAUCGGGUGCGCGAAAAGGGGCUGGCUAUGACGAUUUGUCCUUGGAGUUAUAUUCGACACCAACCUUUUGAUAACGUUUGGGACAGGAUUCGAAGACUUUUUGAUGCUGGGAUUCGGAUUUCGAUUGGGAGUGAUGAUCCUGCGUUUAUGGAAGAUACCUGGGUGUUGGAGAAUUUGCGUAUUCUAAAGAAAUUUGGGAAGUUUACGAAUGAGGAUGUGGUUCGGCUGAUGAAAGGCGCCAUGGAGAUCUCGUGGGCGCCAGCUGAUGUGAAGAGGGAGAUGAUUGCGGAAUUGGAGAAGAUUGCAAUCGCUUCGUAG